AUGCCCCCUCCUCCUGCUGCUCCUCCUCCUUCCACGUCCUCUUCAUAUCCGCGGACGCCGUCUUCUUCGUCUCGGAUACCACCGCGUCUCGAAGCGUACGUCGCCUCUGGGCCGCUCGCGCGCGACGAGGGCUCGCUGACCGUGGUGACGGCUGUGCAGGGCGCGAGCGCCAACUGGCUGCUUCUGCGGUACCUGUACGCGCUGCUGGCGGGUGGUGUUGGUGGUGGUGGUGGUGGUGGUAGUCGAGGUGUGGAAGAGCGAGGGGUUAUUGGGGUUGUGCUGGGCAUGGAUCUGAAUGCUCUUUGCAAGAAUGGGCGCUUUGCCUUUGUCGACGGCCUCACGGGGCUGUGCGCGCCGGUGGUACCCGGCAGCAGCAAUGGCAUCAUCGUUGGCGGCGGCGCAACGACGACGACGACAGCGUCGACGACAGAUAGUGACAACGUCGUCAAGGCCUGUGUGGAUACUGCGGCGGCGCGCCUCACCGCGGGAAGCAGGACGGUGCUGCUCGUGGACGGGUUGGAUGCAUAUGUCGCCACGGGCAGCGGCAGCGGCGCGGCUGGCGCAGCGAGCUUGAUUAUGAGUCUACGAGAGAACGUGCACUCUACACUUGUCACCCUCGCGGCCGACGAGCCUCUCGUUCACAUGCAGGCGGCAGCCCAGACGACGAAGCUGGAGCGGGAGCAAGCCGCGCUGGUGCUCGGGCAGGCGCACGCCGCCGACCAGGUCGUCUCGCUACGGCGGCUGGACACGGGCGCGGCGGCCGACGUCAGCGGCGUGCUGCGCGUCGUUGUCGGUCCUGCGGCGACGGCGGCGAAUUACGGGGACGGGGAUGAGGGUGAGGAGCUGCUGUAUCACGUCGCGGGCGACGGCAGCGUGCGCGUGUUUGAGAGGGGCGCGUGA